AUGCUAAAUAGCUUACAACUACAACUACAAUCAUGCCAGGGAGCUGCAGGACCGACAGCAGAACAGCUUCAAGAGCUACAGGAAACGCUGAAAUUGUGUCAACUCGAAUUAGCGGAAAAGAAAACUGGAAGGCCAAUAAGCCAGGGCCGCCUUCAGGAACACAGAAGACAAUUGAAACCAAAUGAACUGGUACCAUCAGCAUCAUUGUCGGCAAUGGAAUCAAAAUAUCGCCUACAGAAUCCUCAUUCUCAAUCACAGCCACCAUUAACCGGACCUGCAGCGAAGGGAGCGAUACCGAAAACAAACUCCCACCGUUCGAAGUUAACAGGUAGAAGUGUCGGAAUGAUGCCACGUAUUCCUGAACACGCAACUGAGUCAUUGCAACAGAAAACAGAUAUCCAAGAACGUCAAGAUGAUAACUGCUUGAUUAAUUCUUCAGCACUAGCAUUUGAAUUCGACCAACAAAUUGAUCAAAAUACACCAUACCGGCUAACCAACACCGUACCAACAAAGCAACAGAUGGCCGCUAGAAAAACAUUCGGUGGGAACUUACCGACCUUUUCCGGAAACCCGGUAGACUGGCCAGUGUUUUUCAGUCAUUACACAUUCACCUCGGAAGCAUGCGGAUUCAAUGACGGCGAAAAUAUGCUUCGACUGCAACGUUGUCUCACAGGUGCAGCCUGGGAAUCAGUUCGAAGUCGAUUAAUCUUGCCUGCUUCAGUACCAGCCGUUAUUGAAACGUUACGGGAGAGAUUCGGGCAACCUGAACUAAUAAUUGAAUCAUUGAUAGACAGAGUUAAACACACCGCACCUCCAAGGGCCGAUAGAAUAGCUUCCUUUAUCGAUUUUGGCACAAUGGUACAAGCCCUAUGUGACCACAUUGAAGCUGCCGAUUUGAGGGAGCAUUUGUCUAACCCGACACUGUUAAAGUAUUUGGUCGGAAAAUUACCAGACGACUAUAAAAUGCAAUGGGGUCGUUACCGUCGAGUCAGCGAUACCGUUAACCUACAGACGUUUGGCUCAUUUAUGAACGAAAUAGUUGCAGAUGCUGUUAGUGUGACUCCGUACCCGAAAGAAUUCCCAACGCGUUAUUCCAAACCCCGGCCUGAUCGACACUACUUUCACUCGGUUACCGGGGGGAGUAACAAUAGCGAGGAAGCCGAACUUGAAGGAGUGCCGUCAUCCGUAAUGACGAGAAUUGAGUGUGCCGUUUGCCGGAAAGAGGGACAUCGUUCUAAAGAUUGCAGAGAGUUCCGCUCACUGACUGUAGACGAAAGAUGGACGCGCAUCAAUAAUUUGAACCUCUGCCGGACCUGUCUUUACAGUCAUGGACGUAGGACUUGUCGGAAUAAUAAUCGAUGUGGAACAAACGGCUGCGACCAGCGCCAUCAUCCUCUCCUACACAGGAUUCUCAAGCCUACGAUAGACACGUCCUUGAAUGAAGUUAUCCCUGUCAUUCAUCAGUUUCACCAAGCUUCUACACCAUCUCUUUUAUACCGAAUCAUUCCAGUUAUACUUCAUAAAGGGAAGGUAUCAGUUAAGACUCAUGCAUUUAUUGAUGAGGGAUCCUCGUUGACUAUGCUCGAGACUGAUCUCGCGAAUAAACUGGGAUUAAAAGGCUCGGUACGACCCUUGUGUCUGCAAUGGACGGGCGACGUGACCCGGACAGAAUUCGAAUCGCAACGUGUCUCGUUUGAAAUUUCGGAGAAAGAGGGGUCCAAACGAUAUACUUUAGAAAACGUUGGAACCAUCAAAUCCUUAAAUUUACCGGACCAAACCUUAUCAGUAAAUGAGCUCAAGGAGCGAUACAACCACCUACGUGGGUUGCCAAUCAUCGGUUAUCAAAACGCGAAUCCUCAAUUGCUUAUUGGAGUUGAUCAUUUGAGCCUGGUGGUCCCCUUAAAAGCACGUGAAGGCAGCGCUGGUGGCCCCAUCGCGGUUCGCACACGCCUAGGUUGGUGCGUGUAUGGCGGAACAGCCAGCAAGACCACGACAACUCGCAACUAUCAUAUUUGCGAAUGUGAAAGCGACACAAGAAUGGAUGAUGCUUUAAAAUGCUAUUUCGAAAGUGAAGAAGUGGGAACAACAACAACAAAAACCGAGUUGAGUGAUAUGGACCAACGUGCAAUGCAGCAAUUGAAAGAUGCAACCGUCUUGGUGGGAGAUCGCUACGAAUCUGCCCUAUUGUGGAAGUACGACCAUGUUGAGCUUCCAGAUAGCUACCCUAUGGCAGUAAGUAGGUUGCGAUGUCUGGAGAGAAAGAUGGAAAAAGACCCUGCUCUCAAAGCAAAUGUUACCCGACAAAUAUUGGAGUACCAACAAAAAGGAUUUUGCCACCGUGCAACCCGUGCGGAACUGGAAGCUGCCGAUCCAAAACGAACUUGGUACCUUCCGCUGGGGGCUGUAACCAACCCGAAAAAGCCCGGAAAAGUGCGCCUUAUUUGGGAUGCUGCCGCUAAAGUUGAGAAGGUGUCGCUCAAUUCUGUAUUACUGAAGGGACCAGAUCUACUGACCCCACUCCCUACGGUACUUUUCCGAUUCCGUCAAUUCCCUAUAGCCGUGUGUGCGGAUAUCAGGGAAAUGUACCACCAAAUACUCAUCCGUGAAGUAGAUCGAAAUUCGCAAAGGUUCCUAUGGCGCGAUGAUCCUAGUCAGACCCCGGAGAUCUUUUUGAUGGAUGUGGCCACCUUUGGCGCGAGCUGUUCGCCAGCAAUAGCGCAAUUUGUUAAGAACACCAAUGCCCGCCGGUUUGAACAACAAUACCCAGACGCCGUAAGGGAGAUUACCGAAGGGCAUUACGUUGACGAUUGCGCUACUAGCUUCCGGAAUGUGGAGGAAGCAAAAACAAUAUCUUGGCAAAUCAGAUACAUUCACCAGCGCGGGGGUUUCGAUCUUCGAAACUUCAGUUCUAACAGUAGCGAAGUCCUUCAUUAUUUGGGGGAGAAAGAUACAGGAGCUGUGAAAAAUUUGAUUCCGGAAAACGAUGACACAACUGAGCGUGUCUUGGGCUUACUGUGGGACACGACUCAAGAUAAACUCAAGUUUCCUACAACGAUGCGUUGUGACAUAGCAAACAUUAUUGAACACGGACUGAAACCAACCAAGCGAGAAAUUUUAAGAUGUGUCAUGUCACUUUUCGAUCCCCUUGGAUUAUUAUCCCCCUACUUGAUCUUCGGCAAAAUAUUGAUGCAGGAAAUUUGGCGGAAAGGCGUCGGCUGGGAUGAAAAGAUCGACGACGAAUCCUUCGAGUUGUGGAGCAAGUGGACGAAGGUACUGGAAAGUAUUAACGACAUCGGAGUUCCUCGGUGCUAUUUUACAGAGGUUGCGCAAGAGGUAGAAAUUCAUACAUUCACGGACGCAAGUGAAGCGGCAUACUCGUGCGCCACAUAUUUCCGCUUUGUAAGACCAACCGGUCCAGCCGAAAUUGCGCUAGUCGGUUCAAAGACUAAGGUAGCACCACUGAAACCUUGGUCAAUUCCUCGUCUUGAGCUUCAAGGCUGCGUUCUGGGUGCUCGAUACACCCGAUUCAUCGAAGAAGCUCAUUCACUGCGCAUCUCAAAACGAGUUAUGUGGUCCGACUCGAGUACGGCGUUAAGUUGGAUAAACUCAGAUCCACGGAAGCUUCAUCGUUUCGUUGCAUUUCGCAUCACAGAAAUAUUGGAAUUGACUAACCGAAAUGAGUGGAGAUGGGUUCCGACAAAGCAGAACCCAGCUGAUGAAGCGACGAAAUGGGGUGUUGGACCUCAUUUUAACGAUAAAAGCAUCUGGUACAGUGGGCCCGAAUUUCUUGCGUAUCCAGAAGACCAGUGGCCCGUAAAAAAAAUUGUACUUCCCCCGACCGCAGAGUUACGCCCUUGUUUUGCACACUGUGAAAUCAUUUUGCCAGAACUACAAAUCCCCGUCGAAAGGUUUUCAAUGUGGAAUCGUCUGUUAAGAACCACUGCAUACAUGCAUCGUAUUUUUUCCAAACCGAAUUAUUCAGAUGCUAAACGCCCAUUAGAAAUCCUCACGCAAGAUGAAUUAAGAAAGGCAGAACGAACCUUGUUCAAACAAGUACAGUGGCAGUCAUACCCGGAUGAAAUGGUUACGUUAUCAAAGUAUAAACAAAAUCCAAAAGGACAACACUUUAUCGAUAGUUCCAGCAGUAUAUAUCAACUUUCCCCAUUCCUCGAUGAACACGGAAUUCUCCGAAUAGAUGGGAGAAUCGCAAAGGCGCCGAAAACUAAACUGGACAGUAAGUAUCCCAUUAUUUUAUCGAAAAACCAUCGAGUCACGUAUUUGCUUGUCGAUGACUAUCAUCGAAGAUUCAAACAUGGCAAUAAUGAAACCAUAGUAAAUGAAAUAAGACAGCGGUUUCAUGUCACCUCGAUUCGAGGGUUCGUCAAGGAUGUCGUGAAGAAAUGCCAACUAUGUAGAGUGCGGAAUUCACGUCCAAUAAUACCUAGAAUGGGGCCGCUUCCGUUAGCUCGACUGUCUUCUGGUUCCCGUCCCUUCACGUACGUAGGGGUCGAUUAUUUCGGGCCGCUACAGGUUAAAGUAGGAAGAGCGAGUGUUAAAAGAUGGGUAGCACUUUUCACCUGCCUCACGAUCAGAGCAGUACAUCUUGAGGUGAUCUAUAGUCUGACUACGGAAGCUUGUAUCAUGGGAAUACGUCGAUUCAUUGCUCGUCGCGGUGCGCCAGUGGAGUUUCAUAGCGACAACGGAACGAAUUUUCAAGGCGCGGAAAGAUUGUUACGAGAACAGAUAAACGUGGGGCUGGAGUCAACAUUUACCAAUAGAAAUACCAAAUGGUGCUUCAUUCCACCAGGUGCCCCCCAUAUGGGCGGAGCAUGGGAAAGAAUGGUACGCUCUAUCAAGCUUGCAAUGUCGGAUGCCUACAAUGAAAAUCUAGAUGACGAACGCCUACUCACCCUCCUCAUCGAAGCUGAGUUUAUAGUAAACUGUCGACCGCUGACUUAUUUGCCAUUGGGCUCGGCGGAACAAGAAGCACUUACUCCUAACCACCUACUGCUAGGCAAUUCAACAGGAGUUCAUCAACCGGAAGCGCGUGGAGUCUGCGAUCGUAAGUUACUGAGUCAUUCGUGGGAUGUACUCCAGAAACAGAUAAGUUCAUUCUGGAAAAGAUGGACACUUGAAUACCUUCCAACUCUUACAAAAAGAACGAAGUGGUUCGGGGAGACAAAAAACAUCGAAAAAGGAGAGCUGGUCAUAAUUGUUGAAGGUUCCAGACGUAACAACUGGGCCAGAGGUCGAGUACUGGAAGUGGUUCCGUCACCAGAUGGACGAAUUCGGCAGGCGAUUGUGCAACUAGCAUCCGGUAGUAUAUGUCGCCGCCCUGUAUCGAAGUUGGCAGUGUUGGAAGUACAGGACGGAAGUGGAACCAGUCUCGGAUUCCACCGGGGGGAGGAUGUUGCUGCAAGGGCAACAGAUUCACUGUCACUUGACACUGACAAUCUGAGAAACCGGAAAAGGGAAGAGUUCAAGAAGAGGGAAAAGGAGUGA